AAGAAAAAGCGGGGAAUACAAAGAGACCGGAUAUUGACAAAUUUCAUGUCACUGUUCUGGGAUCUCUCUCCAAAACUAUACUAAAUGCAUGGCAGAUUCUUAAUAGGAACUAUUACAAGGAUGUGGGUUUCAGGUGUCCGAAAUGCAUGGAAUUGAAGCUUCCUCCUGAAGGUUCUGCAUUCUGCUCCCAAGAAUGUUUUAAAUCUUCAUGGAGUUCGCACAAAUCAGUGCGUCUGAAGGCAAAGCUAUCUUCAGGUGGUACACAGAAUUCGAACUCACUUGGUGAAGGAUGGCUAUAUUGCGUGAAGAGAGGGCAGGGUCAAACUCCAAAGCUUCCUUACUAUGACUGGACUGGAAAAGCAACACACCUCGUCACAAUAGCAAUCUUCUCCUGGUUCUGCAGCUUGAAAUUGAUGAAGACUUCUUUUAUUUCUUGGCUGAUGUUGCAAUUACAGAGUUGAAAAAAUGGAGUUGAGGUGCUGUACGAUUGUGUUGUGUGCUAUCUAUACGUCGAUCUGGUGACGUAAAGUUUGGCUACUUUGAUCUAGUGAAUUUGCCGAUCUAUAUGAAAAGUGCGGGUAAUAUUUUUCAAAUUGAUAUGCAUGUGAGUUUGAAAAUGACAUUAUUUUCUUUUCUUUUCCCAUUUCAAAUGUUAUACAUGGUCAAACCUAUGUAACGGGACAAACCGUCGAUUUACUCGGUUUUUUAUGUUCCAUGAAAUGAAUGUGUUAAUUUAUAAACCCUUCUGUUAUAAAUAUCAAUAACAAAAGUGAUGCUUCUAUAUGUUAUAAUACAACUGUUACUCUAUAUUUUUUUUUUUGUUCUUUAACCACAAAUAUUAGUGAUGUGUCAAUGCGCACUGCAAGAUCAAAGGUAACUCAGGGUCACCAAAAUCAGGUCUGGAUGCUAUAUCUGAUUUUUAUUCGAUACUUCGUGAUGAAGCUGCUAGAAGUCACAAAUGGACGUCAACUGUCGCGAUGCAUUGAAUUGGAUAUCUCAUAAGGUGGGUUCAUUCUUCAUUCAACUGUAUCCCUGUAGUGUUGUAGAAAAUGAUUUCCACUUCAAACUUGAUGGAUUGGACUCAAUUUUGACGAUUUCAUAGUACAGUAUUCAAAGUCAAAUCAAUUAUAGGAGAAUGGUUUAUUUCAUGGAUCGAGGAACCCUAGGCUUGGUAGUAUUGGCCAAUUAUGGUUAGACUUCAUUAAAACUGGCAGUGACAUUUUUAGGAUGCCUUUAGUUGAGUGAUCAUAUUUCCUAAUUAUAUAGUGAUGAGGUAAGUGGUUAAUUUGGAGCUUAUAGAAGGUAUUAUUCUUCACCAUUGCUAUAUGAAGGAUAUUUAUUAGAAACACACAAAUAUAUGAGUGUUCAGUUUUAAAGAUCCAUUAAGCGAUCAAUUGCAAUAAUGAUGUGAUAUUGUUGUGUUGUUUUUUUUUAUAAUUGCGUGAAAAUGCCAUGUGGACUUUUUUUUUCUAUUUAUUUUUAUUUUUAAUGUUUGAACCCAUGACCAUUUGGUUGGUAGCAUAAUCCCUUACCACUAGAUCAUUUGUAUUACUUGUUUAAUAUCUUUCAUCAAAAUAUAUAUAUUAUAUAACAACUAUUUAUUUCUCAAAUUAAUUUUACAUAAGAGUUC